AUGGGUUUUCGUUUCCCUGGAAUCAGAAAGGCAUCAGUCGCUACAAAUCAUGUGCCAAAGGGCUAUCUUGCAGUGUAUGUUGGAAAGAAAAUGAAGCGGUUUGUUAUCCCCGUAUCAUACUUGAACCAACCGUCCUUUCAGCAAUUGUUGAAUCAAGCUGAAGAAGAAUUCGGGUAUGACCAUCCAACGGGUGGUCUUACAAUACCAUGCAAGGAGGAUGAGUUCCUAACUGUCACAUCUCAGUUUGAAUGA